AUGUUCUUUCACGUUUCAUCUCUAAACACCAACCUCUCAAAGCAAAUUACCUCAUUCUUCGGCCUCAAGGCAUGGCUCCUAAUCCUGAUUUGCAUUGCUCUGUUUCUCCUCCUGCUCCUCUGUUUCCUCUCUCUGUUCAUCCUCCUCCGUCGCCGUCCGAAUUCUCCGCCGCUCCCCCGCCGCUGCCCCUCGAAGCCCGCAGCCCCCAAGCAUUCCGGGAAGAUCUUUCGAGGGUCCUCGCUGGACGCGCGGCUUCUCUCCCCCUAUGCCUCCAGGAUUGAGAAGAACUCCGCCGAAACAGAGCGCCGGGUAGCCUUCUCCGGCGAGUGGUCGGCCCAGGAAACCGGAACAAUUGGGGCGGAUUUAGACUCUGUUGCUUGGCGGCUCCGUGUGUUGUCGGAUCCCAGGUGUGGGAAUUACUUCCCAUUGAGGGAGAUCAAAGCGGCGACAUACGAAUUCGCUAAUGAGAAUCUGAUCGGAGCCGGACAUUGUGGAAUUGUUUAUCGCGGCGUCUUAUCGGAGAACACUCCGGUGGCAGUGAAGUUGCUGAGUAACAGUUGUCAAGUUGAGGAAUUCAAAGUAGAAGUGAGGAUAGUUGGGCAUGCUAGACACAAGAAUUUGGUCAAGUUGCUCGGAUACUGUAUGGAAGGAGACCAAAGGAUGCUUAUUUGUGAAUACAUAGCUAAUGGUGAUCUGCACCAGUGGCUUCAUGGGCACAGAGGCCGAGUCAGUCCUCUUACCUGGGGCAGACGGAUGAACAUCAUCAUUGGAAUGGCAAAAGGAUUGGCCUACCUACACGAGGAUAUCGAACCGAAGAUCGUUCAUCAGGGCCUAAAGUCCAGCAAUAUACUGCUUGAUCAUCAGUGGAAUCCUAAGAUCUCUGAUUUUGGGCUUGCAAAGCUCUUCGGUCCCGAGUGGAAUCAUCUGAUAGCUCACACUAUGAGAACAUCCGGCUAUGUAGCACCAGAAUGUGCUUCUACUGCUGUUUUGACGGAGAAGAGUGAUGUUUAUAGCUUUGGGAUUUUGGUCAUGGAGAUCAUUUCAGGGAGGACUCCCAUAGACUACAACAAGUAUCAGGAAUGCUUGAUUGACUGGAUAAAAUCGAUGGUUGCGAGGCAAAACUUCGAUCACGUAGUGGAUUCCAAGUUGCGCGGAGUACCUUCCUUGAAGGAACUCAAGCGAAUUCUAUUAAUUGCUCUUCGGUGCGUCGAUCCAGAUCCAGAAAGUAGGCCUAAAAUGGGAGAUGUAAUCCACAUGCUAGAACCGCGAGACCUGCUGCUUUAUGGUGAACAUCAAAUUAGGAGAGCAGCUUCUUGCCGAAACUACCCAACAAGAGAUUUCAACUGUUGCUGAAUUGGGUAAUGUUGGUUUGACAUAGAAACUGCGCAGCAGCUGUCAUUGUUGAAAAAACAAUUUCGACAAAACUGAAAUGUUGGGUUAGGCCUUGGAUAGUUCCAAGUUAAUUAGAGCAAGUUUUCGAGUUUAUUUUCACUUCAUUUAUUUUUUUGGGUUCUUUAGAUUAAGCUGUCAAGUGCUAUUUUUUCAUUUAUAAUUAUCUUCAUUCAAUAAACAAAUGUAUGGUAACCACCUCCUCCUCCUCCUUCUUCUUCUUCUUCUUCUUCUUCUAAUCAUGUUUCAUUUUUGUGCAAUUCCAAAUUGUUCUUCUUUAUUUGCUUGCUGAUUAUAGCCUGCAGCUUUUUAUUUUUUAGGUUCUGUAUUGAGCUUGGAAUUUGACAAAUAUGUCAUGCAAUAAAAUCUCAAAUUGCUGUCA